AUGAGACGUGGCAACAGCGCCCCUCCCCACCCCCCACCUGCCCACCGAAAAAAGGUCGAUAUUAUGUACAGGAGGGAGUGCCUUCCAGAUUCCUAUUCUCUAAUGGAUGUCGCAUACAUCUAUACAUGGAAAAGAAAUAGCCCUAUGAGGUUUUAUUACCGUAUGCCAGACGUGGUAAUGAAGCAGCUGACAGCUCCGCCUCCAGAAAUACCAUGUAUUAAGAGCACGGAAGAUAAUAAGGAGAAGGAGAAAGUUAAAGAAUCCGACAUGAAAUCGCCCUCGAAGAGUGUUGAAAAGAAACCAGAGGAAAACAAAGAAGAAGCUAACAAUGAAAACAACGAUACUAUUGCUAAAGUGGCGAAACUGGAUACAACUGAGACACCUGAAAAGCUGAAGGUUGAUGGUGAAAAUAAAGAAGAAGAAAAACCGAAAACUGCUGAAAUAGUUGAACAAACAAACAGUAUAUCGUCGUCUAGGGCGUUGUCCAAGCAAGACGAACUCUCUGUGAGUGUUCUACUGUCCUUAGGGCAAUGUCGAGUGGACAAUAAAGACGACCACAAAUUCCUCGUACCCAAUCCUGUGACUCCUAAAAACGGUAUGGUAGAAAAGAGAAAUGGAAAAGUGAGUCCCAAACCGUCCGUAAACAAAAUAGCCUCGGAUUUAGCGGAACAUAAAGCUCAGCAACCGCAGGUACAGAAUUCUAGUCCUCAAACAUUGCCCAAUUCCAUGUCCACUCCAAACCAACAAUUAAACAUGUCGCCGCAGCAAAAGCAGCAACAGUUGCAGAAGCAAAAGAUACAACAAAUGCAACAGCAAAAGAAACAACAGCAAUUGAAAAAUCAACACGUCCAGCAACAAAAACAGCAGCAAUUUCUACACCAAAAGCAGCAGAUGCAUCAAUUGAUGCAACAACAACAGCAAAAGCUUCAGCAACAACUGCAACAGCAACAUUUAUUACAACAACAGCAGUUUCAGCAAGUUCACCUUCAACAAGUACAGCGACAUCAAAUGCAACAGUUGCAAACACAACCACAAAUCUUACAGUUUCAAGUACAACCUCAGCUACAACUACAGCACGUUAUUCAUCAAAUAAAAGAAACAAAACCACAGGAUCAACAGUCUUCACAGCUCGUAUUGGCACAGCAGUCGGUCGUUGAACAGCCUGUAGUUACAAACCAAGUCAAACAAGUUGCAAAUCAGAUACUAAAGGUUCCUAAAAGCCCACCUGUCCUACAUCAAUCUCAGGUACAGUCGCACCCGCCACAGCAUUUGGUGCAGCAGCAACCAUCACAUUUGUCUCAGCAACAACCAUCACAGCAUUUGGUACAGCAGCAAUCAUCACAACAUUUGGUGCAGCAGCAACCACCACAGCAUUUGGUGCAGCAGCAACCAUCACAUAUGUCACAGCAGCAACCACCACACCAUUUAGCGCAGCAAAGUCCAACAACGCAGACAGUGUCACAGGAACCGACUCAACAGUUAGGUCAACAACAACGGACCCAAUCGCCAAUGCAGUCACAUCUGUCUCAACAAACAGCACAUCAGCAAAUUCAUCAGCAGCCAAUGCAGCAACAGUCUACUCAGCAAUCAGCCCAGCAGCAACAGACCCAGCAAUCAACCCAGCAGCAACAGACACAGCAGUCAGUCCCCACGCAGCCAACACAGCAGUUAGUCCAGGCUCAAACACAGAAGCCUCAGAACCAACAAAUACAGCCUCAUCAGUCACCUCAACAUCAAAAGUCAUGGCCGGAACCUGCAACACCGGAAAAUCCCCCAAUUAACGGAACAACAGGCGUUCAAAACCCACAAGUGACUUUGAAUACUAGUAAUGGAAGCGUCACCAUAAUGGCCCAACUCAAAAGCCCUCCUAUCGUUUCGUCAACGGUUGGAGCUACAGCUAAUACUCCUGGAUCGCCUAUCCCUACCAUGAACGGAAAGUCUCCUGAAACUCCACGACCACAAGGUAUCCACCAAAAUCUACCUAGAACAGUCCUGCCAAAGUCACCAUUCGUCAAUGGUAAACCUUUACAAAAGUCUAUCCAACAAAAAAAUAUCUCGGGUCAACGACUGAAUAACAAUUUACCCGAGGGGAAGAACGGUAUUAUACAACAAAGUAACAUUAACAAUAGAUUACCCACAUUCCAAAAGAAUGGAGGGUCAGCUCGCAAAGCAGGAGUCCCCGGUGGGGUCCUCAGUAAGACUGGCCCUACUCUAGAUCAGCGGAUUCAACAACUUUAUAAUUCGGGUCAAACGAACAAACCGCCCAGUCCCGGAGGCAAGUCCGAAUCCAGGUUGGCAAGUUGGCUAAAUAACAGAUUCAAGCCUCAACCGGUAAAGGAGGAGGCUGAAAGCACAACGCCUGCAUCUCCUCCUACUACGAAGGAAGUGAGCAUGCAACGCUAUAAACGCAAAUUGCAGGAAAUGCAGAAGGUGCAGGAAAUAUGCGAAAUAACGCAAGAAAAUCCUAAACCAGACGAUGCCAAAAAGAGGAGGGAGGUGACACCAGACGUCUCGAUCGAGUUGAUGAGAGCUGCGGACAUGAAGAAGCUAGACAGCACGAAGAAGGAGAAGCGGCCAGUGCCGGGGUUGAAGUCGAUCCAGGAGGUGGGGGCCAAGAGGAAGAAGGAGGAGGAUUCGGCCCUCGACCUGAGCAGGCCCCAGCUCCCCUGGCUCCUCAGCAGGCCCACCCACUACAUCCCGAGCCCCAGGCCCACGUAGGGGUAGUCUAAGGCCUCUCUUCUACUCUACUCUAGCUCAUCUUAAUGUAUACGAAUUUAGAAAUCUCAUGGCGUCCCUAUCGACUGACUAAUCUAAACUUAUUCUUUCGGUAAAUACUACUAUUUUAUUAAUGCUGAUAAUGUAAGCAGCAUGUGCAUACUUCAUGUAAAAAUGAAUUAAAAAAAAUAAAAAAGUUGAGAAAAAGACAGAGACAAUUUUCUAUGUCUGUAAUACUCGAUGUUACUAUGUUCGAGUAGGUUGUAAUUUAUUUGCGUUGAUUUCGCAGCUCGUAUGUAAAUAUUUUGUGAUGUACAUUUUUAUUUUUGAUUGUUUAUAUUAUUUUUUCUAAAAAUUAAUUUAUAUUUUCACAUAACCUAUGUAAUUAUAUAACGAUGCACAGCAUCGUUGUACGUUUAUUGUAUAUUGUGUACAUUAUAAUUUCAUGUCCAUUAUUCUUUGAAAUGUCUGAGGUAGUAUUAGAGGCCGGAUUUGUACAUAUAGUUAGAUUUGUUUUAUUAUUCAGACCCUUACCUAUUGUUUUACGGUAUUCUUUCUGUAGUCUAACUUAACUAAAAUACAAGAAAGACCAUUCAUGACGUAUUUAUUUUGUAACGGAAUACAAGGUAUUUUGUAUGUAGGAAUAUUCAAUUUCUAAUUGUAUUAUAUUGAAACGAAAGGAAAAAGACAAAAAAAGAACUGAUGUUUUCAUAGCAGUGCCUCUUUGUAUAUACAUAUGUAUAUAGAUACAUUUAUAAAAUUGUACUGUUUCAUAUUUUGUGUAAAAUAUUGUAUAUUUUAGUAUAGUUUUGAAUACAUUACAUAAUGAAAUGAA